GUUUGCUUCAAAAUCCUGUUAGAUCAAUGGAUUCAUCUCAAAACCUGAUAAGAACUAUUCUAAGAAACCCAAAUACUAUCACUUCCACAUAUCUUGCAAAACAAUUUCAUGCACAAAUUCUCAAGAUUAAAGGAACAUUGCACUCCGACAAUUCCAUUGUACUUUCAAUCUACUCAAACUUGAACCAUUUACAAGACUCAGUUCGUGUAUUUGACAGCCUGCAGUCUCCUCCAGCUCUAGCUUGGAAAUCUAUCAUUAGAUGCUACACUUCUCAUGGCCUUUCUGUUCAGUCGUUGGCAUCCUUUAAUGAGAUGCGGGCAUUGGGCAUCUAUCCAGAUAAACACGUGUUUCCUUCUAUUCUUAAAGCAUGCAUAUUGCUGAAGGACUUGAGGUUGGGUGAGUCAGUGCAUGGGUGCAUAAUCCGUCUUGGUCUGGAUUUUGAUUUAUACACUGGUAAUGCACUGAUGAAUAUGUACUCAAAAUUUCAGAGUUUGGGUAAGUCUUGUAAAAACGAUCUUUCUGCAAAGAAAAUGCUUGACCGAUUUGCUGAAAAAAGGGAAAAUGCUAAACACGAGACUUAUUUAUUUAGGCGUGGGUCAAGUGGUGAAAUAGUUUCUGGUGAAUUAGAGGGGAGGGGAAGAAUGCAUUUUUUUCCAGGCAAUGUACAGAGAGAAGCUGAUGGUAGUUUGAUCCUGGAUUAUAAUCAUUCAUGUAAAUCAGUGAACAAUUAUGAGGGGCAGUUCCUUGGUAUCAAUUCUCAUGGAAAAGGUGAUGCUGAUGUUAAUUUUUUGGAUCACGUUAAUCAAAGUAAUAUUGUGAUGGCAGACACGGAUACUGUGAAAAUAGAUAGUGUCAGAAAGGUUUUUGAGAUGAUGCCCAUUAAGGAUCUUGUUUCCUGGAACACUGUUAUCGUAGGACACGCACAAAAUGGGAUGUAUGUAGAAGCAUUAACCAUGGUUAGGGAGAUGGGAAAUGCAAACUUGAAGCCUGAUACCUUCACGUUGUCAAGCAUUCUUCCAAUUUUUGCCGAGUAUGCUGAUGUCAUUAAAGGAAAAGAAAUUCAUAGCUACGCCAUCAAACAUGGGUUUGAUGCGGAUGUUUUCAUUGGAAGCGGCUUAAUUGAUAUGUAUGCCAAAUGUACUCAAGCGGAGUAUUCGCUUUGUGUCUUUAACCUCUUACCUAAGCGAGAUGCCAUUUCAUGGAACUCUAUUAUUGCUGGGUGUGUGCAGAAUGGUCAGUUUGAUGAAGGGCUUUGUUUCUUUCGUCAAAUGUUGAAGGAAAAAGUCAAACCAAUGCCUGUUUCUUUCUCAAGUAUCAUACCAGCUUGUGCUCAUUUGACAACCCUGAGUUUGGGAAAGCAGCUCCAUGGAUGUAUAAUUAGGAUAGGGUUCGAACAUAACAAGUUUAUAGCAAGUGCUCUGGUAGAUAUGUAUGCUAAAUGUGGCAACGUUAAGAUGGCCAGGCAUAUCUUUGACAAAAUAGAGACGCAUGACAUUGUGUCAUAUACUGCCAUCAUUAUGGGAUUUGCUUUACAUGGCCAUGCCCUCGAUGCAGUUAGCUUAUUUGAGCAGAUGUUAGCAGAUGGAGUAGAGCCAACCUAUGUAUCAUUUGUGGCUGUUUUAACUGCCUGUUGUCAUGCUGGAUUGGUAGAUGAAGCGUGGAAGUAUUUGAAUUGUAUGGCACGGGAUUUCGGUGUUGCUCCUGGCCUGGAGCAUUAUGCUGCUGUUGCAGAUCUGCUUGGUAGAGCUGGGAAGUUGGAGGAAGCCUAUGACUUUAUUUCAGGCAUGAAAGCACCACCCCCAACAGGAAGUGUGUGGUCAACGUUGCUGGCUGCUUGUAGAGUUCAUAAGAACAUCGAAUUAGCUGAAAAGGUUGUUGACAAGAUACUAAUCAUUGAUCCCGAAAACAUGGGUGCUUAUAUUUUAAUGUCAAACACAUACUCAGCUGCCCAAAGAUGGAAAGAUGCUGCAAAAUUGAGAAUCCGAAUGAGGAAGAGGGGAAUGAAGAAGACACCAGCGUGCAGCUGGAUCGAGGUUAGAAACAAUGUGCAUUGUUUUAUGGCCGGAGACGAGUCUCAUCCAGAUUAUGACAAAAUAAGUGAGGCAUUGAAUGUGUUAUUGGAGCAGAUGGAGAAAGAAGGUUAUGUUGCUGACACUGAUCAGGUUCUCCACGAUGUGGAAGAGGAUCAAAAACGAUCCUUGUUACAUACCCACAGUGAAAGACUUGCCAUAGCAUAUGGCAUAAUUAGCACUCCUGCUGGCACAACCAUCCGUGUAAUUAAGAACAUUCGGGUUUGUGUGGACUGCCACACGGCGAUAAAAUUUAUAGCCAAGAUUGUUGGGAGGGAAAUCAUUGUGAGGGAUAGUAGCAGAUUCCACCAUUUCAAGAAUGGAGAUUGUUCGUGUGGAGAUUUUUGGUGAAACAACGAUUAUGAUCGACAAUUCUAAACUUCAGUUUGCCCAAGUCAUGUUUGACUUGGAACUGGACAUUCAUGGUCCUGCAUGUGGCAAGGAACCAGAAGCGACCAAUCUUUCUUUUAUAUGACCAAAAAGUCAGGCAAGCAUGAUCUCCAUUAACCGCCCCGACUUUGUGGUCUCACCUCGAUGCUGAUAAAAUGUACUUGCCUCCAAUGAAUUGUUUGAUCUUAUAUUGAAUACA